AAUCACAGUGUGUACCUUGGCAACGACCUGACACUUUUCGUGAAACAGAACAAGAAACCUGCAAUUUUUCGAAAUAUUUAAUUAUGAUGAGUGUUUGAAACAAUAUAGAACAUGUCUAAGAAAAGAGCUAAGAGUGGCGCCGGCUCAGCUGGUGUCUCCCGAUGGGAAUCUGGCCUUUUAUCAACAAAUUUCGAAGAGGAGGGUUGGAAAGCCUGCAUCUCCUUUCUGAUUGGAAAUAAACUGGACGAUAAAGAGUAUGCAAGCAUUCUUUCUUCUGCCGUUGAUUCCAGGCUCAGGAGACUAUUCACUGUCAUUCACAAGGAUACAUUGAUGGAAGAGGUCAAUGAGCUGGGCAACUCAAAGACCAAGAAAGGCAAAGAUGCGCCGCAGUUCUUUGAGAUCUGUGAGACGGUCAAGUCGGAGUACCUGGACAAGGGAGAGGAGAUCCCGCAAGGUCUCAUGGCCAAGCUGCUCAAAUGGAAGCUACUUGCUAUCAAGGAGAAAGAUCUAAAGAGGAGGGAGGAGGAGAAAAAGGCUCUAGAGAACAAGGACGUCAAAGGUGGGAAAGGAGCCAAGGAGGCUGCAGGAGGAAAGAGGGCUCGAAGCAAGUCACCCGCCAAAGGCAAGGGCAAGAAAUCUCCUGAGGUCCCCUCUCCCAAGAAGGACUCCAAACUCAAGAAGAGAGGAGAAGAAGAUGAUGAUAACAAGUAUAUCGAUGACGAACCGGAUGAUGGUCCGCAGCAUUACGUCAUCAUUGAGGGGUUUGAACAGGCCCCUCUCCUCUCUCUUCUGACUGACCUGGGCAUCAAUGUCAACUGCAUUAUCCGUCUCCUAGCAGAGGACUACUCCCUGUUUGAGAAGAGACGCAAGGAGGAGGAGGAGGAGAUGGAUGAGGAUGAUCGACCCCUUGAAGUCAUUGAGGAGGAGAAGAAGAAAAAGGAGGCUGCCAAGGAAAGGCUGGAAAAGUUUUGGCUUCAGCACGAACCUCUCCUGAAGAAAGCCACCAAGGGCUCCAAGCUUCAGGACAUCGCUCGUCUUACCUACACCGUUAAGAAUCUGAUCGUACCGGAUGAUCUGAAGGACAAUGAGAAGAGAACCCAGUUUGGUACGGACAUGUUUGAGGAUGUGGCCUGUAUGAUGUAUGAUCUGCUGGACUCUGAGAGACAGUACAGGACCUUCCUAGACAACAUGAAACUCAUCCAGGUCCCUGUGGUAGAGAAGGACCCUCAAGCGACUAGUGACAGUCAGGCUGCAAUCCCUGCUGGGGGUACUGCAGCACAGCAGCCAGGGACAGGCCAAGCAGCUCCAACCGACCCUGCCGCCACCGCCCCCGAGCUCAAGCCCAUCGUGGUCUCUGCAGACGUUGAUACACGCUACUACAAUGAACUGAUGGAUAGCAUUCCCCAAGAGAGUAUGAGCAUUCCUCUUGUUAUGCACUGCAUGCUGGAACAGGUUGUCGCUACAUCUGAAGACCGGGGUCCACCCAGCGAUAAGGACAAGAUCCCUCGUGAAGAUGGGCUAGACCAGGGACUGGCUGCUCACAUUGACAAGAUGGCCGCCAAGCUCCAUAUCACCGAUAGCAACAAGGUUGAACAGUCCGAAGAACCACCAAACGGUGUCGCCUUGCCCAAGCCGCUUGCUCCCUCUAUGCCUGAAUUCUUCCAGUUUGGUGACGACAUCUCUCUCCGACUCAAACACCUCCAGUCCAUCAACGGUUUCAACGCCAUGGAGGCGGAGCUUGCCAUGUUGGACUACAUCCCUGUUGCUAAGCUACGGGAGUUCCCUCGUCCAUCAUCUAACAUCAUCAAGCAACGGGCUGCAAGGUUGCAGGAGUUACUCCAUCAUCUAAGCUCUGGAGUUGUAGACCCUGCUGAGGUAGACCGUGCCUUCAAGCAGUUUGUGUUUGAGAGUCUGGUUCUGCGGGGGACGGAAGAGGACGGAUGUGUCUCACAGAAGGUGGACUCAGAAGGCAUCGUCUGGGACGACCCCUAUCCUCUCUUCUCCAAGAAAGACAAGGAUGAGACCUCGGAGAAGGAGGGAGGAGAUGUCCAGACAUUGACGGCAGAGAAUGUCCAGAAGAAUGCAGAUGAGUUUGAUGUGGAAGAGACAGGACACCAAACCAACUUGACCAGCACAGGUAUCUUGAAGCCAGAAGGUCGUAAGUCACGUCAGGGUUCGGCCAGUAGCCUCCGAUCAGGAAAGAGCACAGGGCGACCAUCAAGCGCAGUCCACUUUGAGAAAGAUGCCUCUGGGUAUCCCAUCAUCCAUCCCAAGGACCCUGCCCCUCCCUCAGACAGCCCUAGGGAGGAGGCCCAGGGCGAUGCCCAGAACGAGGAGAUAGAGCCGGAGUGCAAGGAUGCGGUAAUUAGGCCCGGUUCUAGCAAGAGCAACAUCAGCAUCCAUGAUGUGAUUGGUGAUACUCAGCUGCGGAACCUGGAUGAGUGGUGUUAUGCAGAACACUUUGAGGCUCCUGUGCUCAUACAGAUUCUUGAGGAGGCGCGUGAGAUGUACCCUUUUAUGGAUACCUACUACCAUAAGAGAGACCACACCCUUCUGGUCGUCAUGCACAACCCAGUAGGACCGGAGCUCAAGAACACCCAGCCAUGGGACACCAAACUACAUUCUGAUGUGGGGUUCAGGAAUUACAUGGAGCAUGUCUCAGAAAAUAUUGCAGACUGGGUGAACAUCGAGGAGACUAAGUACCAGGCUGAGAUGAGACAGAAGGAUCUAGCCCGGCAGAGGGAACUAGCCCUGUCCCGGGCUUCUACCCCAGCCCCAUCUAGGCCUUCCAGCUCCAAAAGCAGGAAGGGAAGCGCAAAGAAGUCCAGGUCCAAAUCACCAAAAGGACGGCGUAGCGCCAGUCCAGCUCAGACCGUGGACAAUCUUGACCCUAACAGCGGUCAGUUCAUGAGACCUGGAUCCAUGAAAGCAUGGAAAGUAGAACAAGAUAAGAUCCGUGAGGAGGAAGAGAAGAAGAGACUAGAGAAGGAGAAGAAGGCCGGCCGCAAGUCAGCCCGGUCUAGGUCUAGAUCUGCCUCACCGGUCAAGAAGGGAGAGACUGACGACAAGAAAGACAAGAAGCCUGGCUCGGCCAGUAAGGACGGUAGAGGGAGUGGCAGUAGGAAGGGGGAUAGAGAUAAGAAGGAGAGUGGUGCAGAACCACAAGAAGAUGCCACACCCGAACCUCCAAAGGAACCUGAAAGGGAGUACAAGUUUGUUGGAUAUGACAUGGGUAACAACAUUAUUCAGGCCAAUGGUAACACAACCACCCUAUUUCCAAAUGAUGGGGGCCAGAUUCGCUCGGAACACACCCAGUUCAUCAAUGGUCCCAAGUUUGUCAAGACGUCUGUUCUGAAGGAUGGGCACGUGUUUGUGGUGCACAUCCUCGACCCACGAGACAAGGAGGAGGUUGAGGGGGAAGCCCCCCAGGAGGGUGGGGGAGAGAGCAACAAGGAGAAUGUGAUGGAGAAAGCUGAUCAGGAGACGCAGGAGAAAGACCAAACAGUUGAUAAAGAUGGAAAGAAGAAGAAGUCAGACUUACCCCUCUCUAGCUUCGGCUCCUUCACUGCUAACCUGAGCGAUGGAAUGGUUGUCUCGUUCAGUAACCAUGGUAUCGACGGAAAGACUAAGGGAGCAGCUGAAAAGAAGGAGAUUGAGGUGGUCAUUCCCCCAGCAUCGACACCCACCCCAACCCCAGUAGCCCCCUCACCUAAGGGGAAAAGAGGAGGAUCAGGAAAGAAGGGUAAGCAACAACAACAACAGCAGCAGCAACAACAAGCGGAGGCAGAGAAACAGGCACAGCUCCUGGCCGAGCAACAACAGAAAGAGGAAGAGGAGAGACGUAAGAGUGUGGUUGAGGCGGAGGCAGCAGCAUCAGAACCAGAGAUCCCUCCUUUCCAGCAACUCUUUGUCUCCUGCCCAGAUGGGCUCCAUGUAUCAUAUAUGCUGGAGCCAACUGAAGAAGAUGAGGUUUGUGACCCCAAUGUCCCAGGUUGCCUCCUGAUCAGGCAGAGUUACCUGACAAAGAACAGCAGUGGGCAACCUUGCGAUGCUCCAAGAGAAAAUCCUGCCUUGCAGGAGAUCUCCAGGCUCGUAACAAGCGAGGGCAGUGUUAUCAAGAUGCUGAGAGAUGGCAGCACACAGGUGUUGUUUGCUAACGGUGCUGUAAGCAGCAGCCCAGCGAUGCCUUCAUCCUCCACCGCUAACCCAAUGAGCCCCACCCCUCGGGACCAGUCUCCCCUGCGAGGGGGUAGCUCCCUCAGUCAGAGGAGUGAGAGCCCCUCUAAGAGAAGUGCAAAGGGCAAGAUCUCAGACCCCCUGGACCAAGAACAGCCUCUGCCGGAGUCCUGCUCCAGCCCGGAGUGGAUAACGACCACACCCACCGGUCAGAGGAUAGGGACACGCCCAGACGGAACCACCUUUGAGCCGACUGAGUGCCUCCUCUACAGCGCCACAGACCCCGUGUCUGGAGAGGUUCUUACUACCAGAGAGGAUCGGGUCAUCACAGUAGAACGUCCAAACAAGAUGCUCAUUGUUGAUCACAAUGAGGGGACGCGAAUCACUACCUAUUACAAGAAGGUUAUCUUUAGACAGCAGUGUGAUGAAGCGAAUGAAACAGGAGAGAUUCCUGUAUCAGGUAUCAGAGACGUCAAACACGUCAAGGUGGAGUGUGUGGGAUAUGCAACGGUCAUCUUCAACUGUGAAGACAGUGUUGCCACAACCAUAUUCGGUAAUGGGUCCGAGAUCAUUGCCAUUCCAGAUGGUUCCUAUGAGAUCCUGCAUUGCGAGGGUUCCAGAAUGGCUGUUGGCAUUGAGGGAACUGUGCGGUAUACGCCCAAGGAGGCUGAGAGCGGUGAGCCGAGCUUGAUUGGAUCGUACACAAUGCAGCAUAACGAUGUGGUUGCUGUAGAGACUUGCGACUCGGAUGGAAACCAUUUUGGGGUGAAGUGGAAUGGAGACAUCUACACGUCGCUUGUCCCAAGCGAGGAGCGUAAGGUGUCCCUUGAUGGAGAAGGAGAGGAGGAGGAAGCUGAGAAAGUUCUUGGGAAGAUGUCUCCUAUUCCAAGAUUCUUUGUCAUCCACCCUGAUGGAAGCGGCACAGAGAUGCUCCGGCAGCAAGACAUUGCGCCUUACGUCCACCAAGCUGGGAUGGAUCCCAACGUGGCCGUCCUCAAAGACCCUAUCCCUGAUCACCCUGAGAUCAAUGGUAUCACCAUCAUGCAGCCUCACACCUCCACCGUAAGCCAGAAGUGGCUCAACCGGUUUGACGAACCCAACAUAAUCCCAAGGAAUCUCCGCUCCCGAGGGUUCGACAAGCUUCCUGCCAUGGAGGCCAAGACUCCAGGCCCCAAGUUUGGGACCAAGGUUGGAAAGGGUGUGGCCGUCAACAACGUGCCCCGCCCUCAGCAGCGAGGACCGGUCCCUCAGUGUCCCAAGCAGCUUCAGCUGAGGCAGUUUGUGGCCUACCACCCCAUGGAGAAGGAGCUGAGAGGAAAGAUGAAGGAGGGACUUGAAGCAUAUGCCAAGGAGAUGAAGGAGAAGAUGAUGGUAGCCAAACAGAGGGCCAUCAAGGACCCUCGCUCUCAGCAGGAGAGGGUCAAAUCAGGAGAUCUUCUGGCUCACAUACUGGCACAGCUUGAAGAUGACAUUCCCAAGGAGAGUGAUGGAACCCAGCCCACCUUCACUGAAGCACCUCCUGCUAGCCAGGGCCCUACCAGCACCAAGCCUGUAAGACCCCUCAACGUGCAGGCAGAGGAUAAUGCAAUGACCCUCUACGAGAUGUCUACCGCGCCCCCUCCUCAACCCGCUCCUCCGAGACCUAAACCAAAGUACACAGAUGCAGACUGGGAGAGGGUCAGGAGAGAGCAUGAAGAAGAGAAGGCGUGUCGGGAUGCCCUGCUCACCCGGACGGUACCGCCUUACUUUGAGAGUGACUGGGGCAAGGCAUUCAAGAGAGCAGAGGAAGCCGUGGCUAACGGUGAGCCUGCCCCAGACAUGGAGGCCCUUACCAAAGACUUGCCUGCCAAUCGCCCUGGUGUCAGCACGGCAAUGAGUCUGCCAAGUACCCCUGCGGACUCCCCUGCUGCCCCCUCUGCUCAGCCAGGUGGUAGCAGCUCUGCCCAGCCAAGCGAUAUCUCUGAGAGUAUAUCCCCCAUGAAGGCUGCCACCGCAGGGGGGUCAAACCAGACCAUCACAUAUGGGAUGCAAUCCUCCACUCCAUCAGCUCAGCAAGGUCUGGUUCCAGCCAGCCCCUCUGACACACGACCCAACAACCCCACCCCAGGGCAUGCUACCGGCCAGGGUACCCCUACUGCUCUUAGACCAACCAACCCCACCCCAGCACAUGCUUCACAUCCUCAAGGCACUGGAAGACCAGUAAACCCCACCCCGCAGAGUGCGAGUGAGCACAUCCUGCCCAGUGAGACCCCCUCCAGCUAUGCCUCAUUCCCUGCCCACCCCUCCACCAUACCUGAAAUGGCGGAGGAGGGGCCCCUUACCAAUCGGUCUGCUAUGACAGGAAGUAUCUCUCCCGAGCUGAAGACAGCCUUCCAGACCCGGAUUAACGAUGUCCCCAUGGAGUCUCGUCCCAACGUCAUUCCCUCUGCCGGGAGUGAUAUCGUCCUCACCCGUAGCCUGCUGGUGGAUGUCAAUGGUGAACCGAGGCAAGACGCCGUCAGACUGCCAGCAGCCAUCUUGGGGCAGAAGCCCGGAGCAUUGCCUAACAGCAGGUUUGAUGAGCUAGAGGAUUCAGUCCGUCGUAAGAUCUUCACAUCCUCCAUCGCUGGAGCGCAGGCCAAGGGUAUGGCUGACCUAUCACGCAUGAGAGGUUUCGAGCUGGUGCCGGGAGAGGUCAACUUUGGCACUCUGCGAGAGGGCUGCACCUACGCCUUCCAGGUCAACCUGAAGAACGUCGGGGUGGACAGCUGUCGGUACAAGGUGCGGCAACCUCCUCCAGGGACAGGACUACAGGUGGUCUACACUCCGGGACCGGUUGCAGCAGGUAUGAAGGCCAAGCUGGAGCUAGUCCUCUAUGCCAUAGCUGUAGGAGUGGAAGGAGAAAGUGGGCAUGGUUCCAUAGAUCAUCACAUUGAGAUCACCACGGAAACAGAACUCAUGUACCUUCCCGUCUCAGCUGAUAUCUUGACAGCGGCUGAGUAUGAUGAGAGGACCCAUGUUGGUAGGCAACCCAAGGUGUCACCUGGCAUCCGACUGAUCGCUACAAGACCGCCCUCUAGAGAGGGAAUCAUCAGACCAAGGAAAGACAUACCACAACAAUCCCAAGAGAAUCUGGACAUGUAGCUUCCUAGAUGAUCACAAGAUGAUUCAAGAUGAUCACAAGAUGAUUCAAGAUGAUCACAAGAUGAUUCAAAAUGAUCAUCCUCAUCAUCCUCGGACCCACUUGUAGAAAUGAAACAGGGAAAGGAUAAGAAAAAUAGGUCCAGUUAAAGUUUAGAGGACACCCAGUCUACUUGAUAUUUUGAGCUUUUAUCAGCUGAAACAGUUACUUCGAGACAUAUCAUCUGAUCUGUAGAGAAUGUGCAUUUUAAAAAAGUCCUUUUUAACUUCAGAAGAUACUAGUAGUUUGGUACCAACUCCUGAUAACAGUUACAUUUUAUAGGGGAUCAGCAACCCUUUUUUGGAAAAGAUAAACUGUAUGCACUUUCAAACUUACAUGUAUUUUCAUAAAUGCCUUAACUGCUUGAUAUAGAUUUAUAUGUACCAACUGAUGUGCUUAAACGAGUGAUUAAAGUUGUUACAGUGAGUCUUACAUUAUAAAGUGACUGGCAUGAUUGUUACCCCUGCUUAGAAGCAAAGUCACAUUCUUCAACAUUUGAUAUGAAAUGGGAUUGAAGAAAAAUAUGUCCAUAUAAAUGUAGAUGUUAUUUAUUCUCACAAGUUUUAAAUAGGUAAUGAAUGUGUGAUUUUAAUAACUACAUUAUUGAAGAUGAAGAAGACAAUUAAGAAAACUCGGGAUCCUUGAGAAUAUUUCUCAAACAUGGUUUGUGACAUGGCAUUGAAACUUGUGUUGUCUUUGUGAUACUCUAUUAUGCAGUGGGAAUCAUACUGUAUGUAUAUAUUAUUCAAAUGUUACAGUGAAUUUUGUAGUGUACGUCUAUUUUCCGUCCCAUCUUGCAAUAAUUCCUUGCAUUUCUGCUUCUAUUGUAUAAAACUGUAUUCCAUAUGACAUUGAUUCCAUCCUUUUUAUAUAUUCCUUCUUUUAAGACAAAGAAUUUAUAUUGAUUUAAAAGUGUAUAAUAUAACCUAUCUUGUAUAAUAUUGUAUUUUGAAAGUGGAGAUGUGCUUUAGUGUAUUUUGUAAAGAAAGAUUUGAUUCAACUUAUCGACCUUGAGUUUUUGUAUGAAAUGACUGUGUAAAUAAACUACAUUUGGUACAUGCAUUAUGAACUAUA